AUGCAGCACGUUUACAUGCAGGGUGAUGAACACUUCCAUGUCUUCACCACCGUCCUUACGCCUCAGGGUCAAAGAAGCCGACACCAGUACAGAUGUGAAGAACCAGAUAAGAUGGUGGUAGCACACAGCUACGUCCCUCAGUGUCAAGAUGAAGUGGAACUCACUCAUGGGGAUGUGGUCCAAGUCCUUUCCAAACAGGAUGAAUCGAGGUGGUUUGGGCAGCUGCAAAAUGGACAGCAAGGCUACUUUACUGCCUCCUGUGUCAUUGAUCUGAGUCGUAACACACACCAUAGGGACGGUGCAACUAAAAAUGGCAAAGGUUUACGGAGACACAGUUCAGUUCAGGUUGAAUCUGUGGUGAUCCUCAGGGAACAUGCAGGUGGAGGCAGGCAGCAGGCCCCUAGGGGUGGAGGAAGGGAGGAGGGAUCUUUCCUGACUUUGAAGGAGGACGCCCCGGCCCCAUCCUCGGCCCAUAGCUCGCCCAGCCUGCUGCACAGGAUCCUGUCCAAACAUCGCAGAAAGAGCCAGUGCCAGGGGGCCAGUAACAGGGCAAUUGAACAUGACUGA